AUGACCGAAAAUUCAAUUAAUUUAAAUUCGUCAGUAGAUGAUGUGGUUGACUUUCUUGAAGAAGCGGGCCUCGGAGAACUCAAGGCAAAGUUUCAAGGUGAUAUAACUAUAAGUUUUUUUAAUACACAUUUUUUUUUUCAAGAAAAAUGUUUGAAAUUGUAUUGUAUUCAGCGUUUGAAAUUUGUUCAACAUUGCCAGAAUAUAGCAUCUUGUAGCAGCUAGCAAAGUAUAUAUGAUUUAUAGUAAGGCAAAUAAUUUAAAUGUGUUAUAUUUUUCUCUGCUUUCAGAAUGUGAAGUCGAUGGCAACACUUUUAUCAACAUGGACCUCGUAGACUUAAAUGCACUGACUCCUAAGCUGAAGCUUCGAAGAAUCCUUAGAAAUAAGUGGACCGAAAUCACCGGAAUGGUUAGUUUUUUUCUUGUGGAACAAGCUACAAAGUUUACUCGUAAAACACAAAUUAUUGUAUUAAAAGACAGUUCAAAUAGAGCAGCAAAUUUUCUUACAGUAUAUAGGUCGAAGUCCAGUCUCGCAGGUCCACUGGAACGACCGCUAAGCAGUCACACUAUGUUCACGUGCACAAAAAAUGCACAAAAUGAGCACAAUAAUACAAUAUGUACUAGAUGACUCGAUACAAUAUAUAUAUUAAAUAUAUAGUACUAACUAUCAUGUUUGUAUUUUAGAAGUUUAGCGCGGAAGGAGAAAAACUCCCUCAGCCGGGUAAAUUGUCUGAUUCGCUUUCUCUUGGCCCGGCUUUGGCAUUUGGAACUCCUGAAUGUUCGCGUCCUGCACAGUCAGGAUCGAGAUCAGGAUUACAUGAUACCCCAUUAGUGGCCCCAUCCUUGACCCCAUCAGCUUGCAACGAGGAGGGAGAAAGCAGUCCGAGCACCAACACCGAUGCUCAUAUUGGUUCAUCAAUUAAACGUAAAUCGAGCGUGGAUGGGAGGUGUGUUUCUUCGUCAAAAAAACGUGUCUGCUUGUUUGACUCAAAGGUAAAUUUUUAGUGACUAAAUAAAUAUCGAUACAAGUAUCUUCUGACCUCUAUAUUUAGUGACACUCAAACUACUUUUGAAAUUUUAUCUAGAACAAAGACGUGGAACAUACUCGUAGUUCAAAUGGCGAAUAUACGUACUGGCUAGAAAAAUUUGAGAUUCCUUCAAAGGUACCGUAAUAAAGGAAUACCGAAUGGUUUUCCGUGCAGGAUUGCGUGAUCCGUGCACGAGGGAUGUUGCGAGACUUUCGGAAAGCGUAAAAAUACACGAGCCGUAGGCGAGUGUAUUUUUACGCUUUCCGAAAGUCGAGCAACAUCCCAAGUACAUGGAUCAUGCUAUCCUGCACGGGAAAACCAUUUGGUAAUUGUUUUAUAAAAUUACUACAGUGAAACGACGUUUAACUUGAUUAAAAUUACUGAUGAAAUGUGCAGUUCUCACAACAUUCGUGAAUUAACCAAUCAGAGAAUCGCUAAUCCACGCUAUUGAAAACAACAACAUAUGUGAACAGAAUUUGAUCGCAAAUUCGCGAAAGUAUACAGCGAAAAUACAGGGACUUUUUCGAUAAAAUAUACGAAAUUUGAAAUGGGAAACCCGCUAAACAGACAGUCAAAGUAGUAGUGAUAAUUCUCUAGCUGAAUAUGUGAAGAUUGCGAAGCGUUUGAUCAACUUUGAAGCGAGAGAUGUUGUACUUGCAUGCCAUGGUCUGAUGAAUUUCAACGCUUACGCGUUGCUACUUGCUGAAUAGCAAUGUAUCGAUCAGAAAUUUAUUCAUACAACUAAACCAACGUCUCAAUAAUUGGAAACUUACUUCAAAGUCGAAAGGUAUCGUACAAUGAAACUUUACAAUGCGAGUAUAUUUGUAAAAUUAUAUGCAAUAAUUUCUGUUCAGAAUUUCCCGUGCAGGAUUGUCUGAUCCUGCACGGCUGUUGACCAAUCAAAUUGCCGUGUUUCACUGUAGUUACUAUAUAAUACUGUUUACUGUUAUAUAAAUAACACGAUAUUCUAUGGCAUGUAGUAAAACACUGACUACCGGAACACCGGAACACCACCAUUUUGUUUGGGGUUAGGGUUUGGGGUUGGGGGUUAGGGUUAGGUGGUGUUGCGGUGGUGUUCCGGUGUUCCGGUAGUCAGUGUUUUACUACAUGCCAUAUUCUAUAUAGCUAUAAAGUGUUCGAUUUUGGUUUUCUGAAGGUUUUUUGUUUCUAAAUUUGAAUUUGAUUCAAGCGAAUUUGAAUUUGUAUGGCAAAUUUGAAUUUGAUGUGAGCGAAUUUGAUUUUGAUAUGAGCGAAUUUGAAUUUUAUGUGGCGAAGUAAUUUGAUGCAGACACUUGCCGGCCAUUCAUUGGUCAAUAAAUAUAGCUCUUAUGAUCCUAUUACAUAAUAUUUCGUAAUAAUUAUAUAACUAAGUAUAUAAUUACGAAAUAUGCUUUGAGCCCGUUGUUCAAACAUCUAUUGAUGAUAUAUAUGUUUGUUAAACAAACAACAGAAUUGCAGCAUUGCAGGUACGCACAAUUAAAUAGUACAAAAUAGCAAUUUCGUAUAUUAACUAUGCAUGUAUUUUAAUGCACAGACGUCUGAACUUAAUGUAUGAGUCAAUUCCAGCGGUAACCAUCCCCCCCCCAGGAAUACCCUUGGACAUUGUCAAUUUUUUUAGAAGAUAGGACAAAUUCCCCGCCGUGGGACACAGUGUCCAGCGCAAAUGCACCGCCCCCAGGCAAUCAUGAUGCGGAAAAUGUCAAACCCCAGGGAAUUUAUUCUCUGUCAUUUUUGCACAAAAUUGGCAAAUUUCUAUUAUCAAAACCGCGGAUACGUCCUCUCACGCAAAAAAUUGGGCCCUAUUUUUGUGUCGAAACAUUCAGGAAUGCGAUUGCAUUUCUUGACGCCUUGAAAUUGAUGUGUUUAUAUAAUAUCAACAUCUGAUUGGUCUGCAGGUAGUGGUGUUUACAUUAGCUAAUGUAGUUUGUUAACGGAAUUACCUCUAGACCAAUCAGAUGCCGAUAUUCUAUAAAUAUCGAUUUCAAUCCGUCAAGGAAUGUGGUCGCAUUCCUGAAUGUUUUGGUUUUGACAUGAACACGACGUGAUUGGUAAUAAUAUAAACUUGGAAAUGUUUAAUUACGUCGAAUUUUUGCCGUCGGCUUCUAGCACAAAAACACUGCAAAACUGAAUAUAAUUUAACAAACACAACAUUUUAAUGUAGUGUCAUAUUUUACAGUAUCAACCGAUAAUUUGAAAAAAAUAAAGAAUAGAACAUAAUUUGGGCUUUUGGUAUAAUUGUAUAAUGUACGGCCCCCGGACAGCAAUUUAAUUGCAAAUGCCCGACCCCCGGACACUUCCGGUUGAGCAAAUGCCCAGCAGUGUCCCGGGGGAUGGUUACCGCUGGAAUUGACUCAUGCAUAAUACAUUUAUAUGGGCACCCAUCCCCCCACUAUCAAGAGCUCUGAAUAUCCAAAUAUAGGGGAGGAGGGGUGUUUCAUCCCUAUUUUAUCUAGGGCUAGCCUGUUUGUUUUCCUCCAAAUAUUUCGCUGCAAUUUUGAAAAAUUCAACGAUUUUUUUUUGGAGGGGGGGGGGCGAAAGCUAUUGUGGCCCCCCACUUCCUACAUCCCUGGGGCAACUUCCCAAAAAUGCAUCCAAGGGGGGUCCAGUUAUCCUAACUAGGGUUACUAGUGGACCCCUCAAUAUGGAGAAUGCCUAUAUUAAAAGGAAUGGCCCACUAUUAACCCUAUUUGUACUGCGAGUGUACAAAUGUGCACACUCCAAUGAAUUUACCGGUGGUGUAUAAUUUUUAAUAUUCUUACCAAAAAAGCAAAAAAUAUGAUUAUUAUAUUCAAUUUACAGAAUUUAUGAGGGUGUAUCCUGUCAGCUUCCCCUUCCCCGGUAAAAUUAACCUCCAAAAAUCCCGGUCCAAAUAGGGUUAAUGAGUAUGAAAUCAUCUUUGAUAGCCAUUAAAUGUUACUGCAAAAAAAUAGUUGCCCCAUUGAAUCCUCAUUGCCCCAACCACUACAUUAAUUAUGAGCUCUUUCAAAGUUACUCUUCAUGACUUGAUAUCUUAUUCAUAUUUUUUUAAUAAUUAUUUUUCACACUAUUUGAUCAUACUCAAUAGUAGGCCAUUCUUUUUAAUAUUUAUUUAUUUAACUUUGCCAUCUAUGGCUGGGACACCGCAACAGCAUUUCACCAAUUACUGCGGACCCAUUGUUAGUAGUGGAUAGUACCUAGCGGUUACUCGCCGGUUAGUUAUAAAUUUAUGAGGGAGGAAACCGGAGUACCCGGGAAGACCCUCGAAGCACAGGAGAGAACUAACCAAUCUCAACUUACAUAAGUGUAAGGAGCACACUGAGAUAUUCACUCACGACUCUCCUAGUGUCCCCAACUUGCCGUAUAGCAGGCUUAACUCAGUGGUAAGAGGCAGUUUGCUAACUGCUCUACCACCCGUGCUUAGGCAUUCUCCAUAUUGAAGGGUCCACUAGUAGCCCUAGUUAGGAUAACCGGACUCCACUUGGAUGCAUUUUUGAGAAGUUGCCCCAGGGGUGUAGGAAGCUGGGUGGCCACCCCCCCCCCCCAAUAUUUUAUAUGGGGGGCCGGAUAACUUUCAGCCCCCAAAAAUCAUUGAACUUUUCAAAAUUGCAGAGAAGUAUUUGGAGGAAAACAGACAGGCUAGCCCUAUAGUUAAAAUAGGGAUGAAUAGGGAUGAUGGCCCUAUAUUUGGAUAUUUAGAGCUCUUAAUAGUGGGGGGAGGGGUGCCCAUAUUAAAUGUAUUAAUCGCCCAAUAUUCUGUAAUGUUCUGUAAUGUUUUUAACAAUUUGGAGACUCAAACGGAGAGCACAUCAUUGAUCAUUGAUCACUGACUCUGAAUCGCAACAAUUUAGAUUGUCUUUAAGGUUGUUUAGCAUUUAAAUUGCGUUAUGUUUUACAUGAUUAUCUUGCGAAAUUUCCGUAUUAAACUUUACGCAUUAUUCAUUUUUGUGUGCUUAUGCAAAUCCGGUCAAUGUUCAGGAACACAGAUGCGACUUUAUAAAGUCCUGUCACCAUGUAGUAAACAGUAAAAUAUGCCAGCACGUUUAUAUAUUUAUUUGGCAAUCGUGGUUGUCACCAAAUUAAAUAAAUACAAGGACUAUUCAAUUACCCACCUCUCACUCCUGGACAGGAAUAUAUGAGGGAGUUUGUUUCUUUUCUGAGUUGUAAAGCAACAAUUUAUACAGAACAAUUAACUCAUACCAAAGCUUCAUAAAUUUUAUUGAGAACAAGUGUACUCAUUGAGUCAUAUGACCUGCGGAUUAUGAGACGUAUGACCAUCUCAGAAAUAAAUAACAUUCAGAUAUUUGUCAGUUCCAGUUUCUGAAAAGUACUGGCAACCAUUAUGUUAUGCUCAUUAUCGCAAACAAAUCUGAUUAGCCUAUGCGUGCAAGGAUGUUAAUUUAAGACAUGUAAUUUAGUUUAGCCUCAGUUUCUUAUGAUAUAUAGAAAUACAUAUAGGUAUUGGGUAUGAAGUGUAAUCCCUUGUACAGUAUAUCAACUAUACUGUAUACUUUACUGUAUAGUUAUCAGAUCUGACCAAAAUCCUUGUGACGAAGAAACCUUAUUAAUAGUAAAGCUGGAUAUUUUUCUUAGGCUUGGAUACAAGUUCAGCAGAACAUAAAAAUGGACAGGUGUUCUGGUGCCAAAACAGUAUAUAUUUAUACAUCCCGGAACUUAUACUGAAAGUUUUUGAGACAGAAGUGAAUAAGUUCUUAGGAACAGUGGCCAGUAGAAACUCAUGUUGAAAUAUAUCAAUCAAGGCUUAAAUUAUUUCCUACAGUACAUUUCAUUAACAAUAAUAAAUCCAUCAUAUACAAACUGUUACUACUUACAAACUAACCCAUGAAUAUGAAUAUAAAGUCCAGGUUGCAAACUGCAAAGCAUAUUUGAAGGAACAAACAUAUUAUAUGUAUAAUUGUUGUUAUGCAGCAGUUGGCAUGACAAUGCAUGUCCACAAUUGCAUCACUAUAAAGGGUGUUGUUGUCCUCAUAUAAAAUUGUAAAUAAUAGUGUAUUUUUGUAACACAAGAGAUUACAAUAUUUGUUGCAUCUUGAGCUUUUCUGUUAUUCAUACAGCAACCAAAAUCUUUUCUAUGGCACGCGCUGGAACAAAAAAGCUGUUUAACAUGCUUUUGCAAGGACAAGAACAUGUUGUAUAUCGUCUACAAAAUUGUACAUAUUUCGGCACUGCAGCUAAAACUUUCGAUCACAUAUAAUUCAAAUUGGUCAAGAAAGAGGCUUUCUCAACUCUGGCAACAUGUUUCGAAGCGAAGGAGAGAUACCACAUGAAACAAAUGUAAACACUCGCACUUUCAGGAUAUUUUCGCCGCUCCAGUUGUUAAGUUUUGAUCCAUCGGCUCACACAAUGUUCAAAGCGGCCUUGUUAUUCCCAAUUUUUAAAUCAAAAGUCAUAUAAAUAAUUUAAAAGUAUAUACGAAAUUCAGACGAAGUUGAUUUAUAAAACAAAGCACUCCUUUGUCUUUCAUUGUUUCUCAUGGGAUUGCUUAAUGAAUUAUGAUAUACUUCAUGUAAUAUGAUCAAUGUGGAUCAAAAUGUAAACCUACCUUUAAACAACGGGCUCAAAGCAUAUUUCAUAAUUAUAUAUUUAGUUUAAUAUAUAAUUGUUAUGAAAUAUUACAUAAUAAGAUCAUAAGAGCUAUAUUUAUUGACCAAUGAAUGACCGCCGCAAUUCCUGUCGCUAGCUGCAAGUAUUUGAUGUAGAGAAACCAUUUUCUGGGGGUUAUGGAUCCAUUUCACUCCCAUGACAUGAAGUAUUUACUAUCAUUCCCUAUUGCGCUAUUAAAAACUGGGAUAUUAACUCUGUUGUUUAUGGUGGGGUUUCACUGUAUUAAACUGCUUCAUAUAUUUAUUUCCUAUGAAAUUAAUGAAAGUGGUGAACGUUUUAGUGUUCAUUUUAGAGGCAAGCAACAUGCAUGCUUUCAUUAGCAGUUUUAACAGAACACAAUAGCCCAGAUUGGUCAAAACAACAUUAAAAUAGGGGUCAUGUUGGGAAAUGAUGGGGGAUUAGCCUUUCCUAUAUUUGUAGCAGGUGAUUUAACAAAAAUUGAAGUAGCCAUGGUUGUAUAACACUGAGAAUAACAUACUACUGUACCCAUGGUGAUUUUGCCUGUUGAGGCAAAAGCAACACUAAACUACCUGUGGUGGCAUUGGCAAGAGCUGAAAGUCCAUGAGGCACAUUGUACAUUUCUCAUUUCUGAUCUGCAAAUGUAGCUCAUAUAGUGAAAUAUUUGUUUUGUUAGUGGGAACCAAUGGUGCAAGCAGCAUUGGAUAAUGGGGAAUUGACUGUGGAGAACAAAAAUGCAUUAAACAGACAACUAUGCACAUCUCUAUAUGCAUGUACAGAUAAAGUAACAAAGUCCGAGAGAGACCAUGUAGCAAUGAGGCUUGUUAAAAAGUAUCCUUGCUUGAAAAGUCCUGUUGGAGCUGGCCAU